CUGGGAAGACCUGCCCGCUCCCCCCGCCCCGUCCUCAGUAGCCGCGGGCGCUGGGCGGCGGACGAGCGGCGCGGAGCGGGGAGCCCGAGCCCCGGGGUGCGGCCGCCCUCCCUCCCUCCGUGCGUCCUGCGGGCUGCCAGAAAAAAAAAUAAAAUAAAAUGGAGCACAUGUUACUGCUAUUCAUAUUUUUCAUACCUAUAUUGGGUCCCAGUAAUGGAACAGAAACCGAACAAGAUUUUACUUGGCACUUAAAGAAGAUUCCCCAGAUUGUGAGAGAAAGGACUUUCUCCCUUGACAGCCCUAAAUUUGAAGCAAAAACCAAAUUGGAGCUGAACAGUGUAUGUGGAAUUGAAUGUCAAAGAAAACUGCCUGUGCCAAGCCUGUCUGACUUGAAGAACCUCUUAUCCUAUGAGACUGUUUUUGAAAAUGGCACACGGACCCUGACUGAAGUGAACGUCCUCGGAGCAGUGCCUGACCCAGCUGCAAACACAACAACACGAAGGCCUUUGAGAAAGAAGAGGCAGAUUUAUGGAACAGACAGCAGGUUCAGCAUCUAUGACAAGAGGUUUAUGACCAACUUCCCCUUCAACACAGCUGUGAAGAUCUCCACGGGCUGCAGUGGCAUUCUGGUGUCCCCCAGGCACGUGCUAACAGCAGCCCACUGCCUGCACAAUGGCAAGGAUUAUGUUAAGGGCAGCAAAAGACUGAGGGUGGGCCUGAUGAAGACGAAAUCCAGAGGCAACGGCAGGAAACGCAAAGGCGCUAAAAGAAGCAGGAGAGAAAUUUCUGCGGCCAAAGAAGAUCCCAAAGCUGCCACGGAACUGAGGCGACAAUCCAAAGGGGAUGAGAGAAAGCAGAGGCGAUCUGGGAGGAAGCAAGGGACCUCAGAUGGCCUGCCCUCCUUCCAGUGGACCCGGGUGAAGAGUACACACAUCCCAAAGGGCUGGUUUAAGGGUGUCUCUGGGGAUAUUGCCCUGGAUUAUGAUUAUGCUGUUCUUGAGCUCAAGCGUCCCCACAAAAGGAAAUACAUGGAGCUGGGAAUCAGCCCAACAAUCAAAAUGAUGCCUGGGAGCAUGAUCCACUUCUCAGGUUUUGACAAUGAUCGGUCUGGGCAGCUGGUCUAUAGAUUUUGUAGCAUUUCUGAGGAGUCCAAUGAUCUGUUUUAUCAGUACUGUGAUGCUGAGCCUGGCUCCACGGGGUCUGGCAUCUAUCUCCGCUUGAAGGAGCCAAACAAAAAGAAGUGGAAACGCAAGAUCAUCGCUGUUUACUCAGGCCAUCAGUGGGUGGACAUCAAUGGCCAUCAGCAGGAUUACAAUGUAGCAGUACGAAUUACCCCUCUCAAAUAUGCCCAGAUUUGCUUCUGGAUACAUGGGAAUGAUGGGAAUUGCACACAAGGCUGAAGAGAGCCGAGCCUCACUUGCUUAGCCACCCUCACUGCUGUAGAGUGAAAGGCGACCGCAACAGUGACUGGAAGAACAUCACUCCACACCAGAAUGUUUUUGAACUCAAAGCUUGCAAGUAGUGCCAUGGUGACUUAAGGAAUGCUGAAUUGCUAGGGGAGGGGUAGAAUUGUCAGAUAAAGUAUUUCUAAUUGUAAUCAACCUAGAUAGGCACUUAAAAUCCCAAGCUAUAUUUAUGUUUCCAAUUGUGAUAAAUUCAAGUCACUCAUGGGGAAAAAAAUGGCUGCACAUGUUUGUCAUUUUUUCCCCAGGGGAAGGGUUGAAACAUCUCUAACUGGUGUUAUUAAACAAUAUCUAUUUUUUUCCAAUGCAUUUACUUUCUCAGGGUUCUGUUCCAAUUCUUCAAAUGCAAGUUGUGCAUGUAGCAUGUUACUGUAUGUGCAGAAUGAUCCAGAGAACUGCAUGAGAACAAGAGUUCAAGAGAACAACAUGAGUUAUUCUGGCAUUCUCUAAAGACCACAGGUCCAUGCUGAGAAGCAGCACUACAGUUAAUGAUUGUUUGGAAAACUUCCUCUUCUGGUUGCUGCAAGAACCCUCCCAUGGGAAUUCCGAAUUUAUGUAGCUGAGGGUUACACCUUAAAGACAAAUUCACUUCAUUGCUCAGUAGAAAUGGCAAAACAGAAGUUAACAAACAAAAGUUUCUAUGUUUGGAAGAAGAAGACAUCUGGACAUAGUUUAAUGUCUUUAAACAUUCUUUGAGAAGCUAUAAAAUCUUAAACACAUGCAUUUGCCUUCCAAUUAGUAUUUGGAGAACUGUAAGUUUAGUUUCUAGUCAAAUGUUUAGCUUUACCAUUGGGAGAAGUCACUGACUCCUGAACUGGCUACUUGACAAUCAUUUGGAGCUUCACAGAUGAUAUAUUUUUUGGGUGCUAAACAUUCUUUCAGUUUUUAUAAGUUACUUUUGUAUGAGUUCAGCUUCAUAGAUAGCAUAAUAUGUAUUAGACCGGGAGUUGGAAAUCAGUAUUUUAGUUUGGCUUUAUACAGUUUUGGAAAGUGUGUGAUUUUAAUCAUGUUAUAUUCAGACUUCACCUCAACAUAAUUCACAAGGUUAACUAAAAAUUUCUCCUAAAUAAAUUAUAGCACCUUCUGAAUGGUAAAACUAUCCUGUGCAUUAUAAAAGGUAUCUUGUUAGAUAGCAGCAGAAGUCAGCAAAUAAUUUGGUUCAAUAUGUUUGCAGAACCAUGUAUUUAAUGAAGACACAAACUGAGCUUGACUCUUACACACCUUUAAACACAAAUCACCUUCUUAAAAACUGCUGUUGAUUGCUAUAUAAGUCCAUAUCUUUUAUUUUAUGUCAAGAUUUUAAAGUACACAGAGUUGUUACGGUGCUAUUUUAAUCUAAUAACAUAAAAAGAUACUGUGCCUUUCUGAUCAUAUCCUUUGGGUUUCAAAACUUUCAGAGUAUUCCCCACCAUAAUACUUAAUUUUUACCAUAAAUUAAUGUUGACAGAAAUACUUUUCUUCCUGUGCUGGAGAAAAAAAUACUCUUUGUUUGUUGGAAUCUUUAAAAUAUGCUUAUAUAUUUUGACGAAAUAAGAUGAUUUUAAAUAACCCAUUUUUUGGUAGAUGGUUGAAAGUAUAUAACCUGACACACUGAAUGUGCAGGCAACUUUGUCAUUAUUGCCAUAUUAUUGCCAAAGCAUAAAAAUUUAAGACUUGCUUCCAUAUCAUAACCCUAAGAAUAUUUCAUUCAUUGGAAGAGAUGUCACUUUAAAGGAAACUAUUUCUUUUAAUGUCAGCCUUUCCAGAGUACACUCAACUUUUCUUCCUUUAUUACAUUUUAAUUUUAUUUUGUGUGAUUGUUUGCAGAAACCUAAUAAUAAUUUUUAAAGUUUAGAAUUAAAUCUCUAAGAUUUUAGGGCUAAUUAUUUUUUAUUAUUGUUAACAUCUCUAUUAACACAUGUGGCUUUGCUGACAGUAAUUUUAAAUCAUCUCAGUCCAGUAUUUAAUUCUCUUGCUCUAUGCAACAGAUUUAUAGUAUUCUUUAGUCAGGUCUGUAAUGUUUUUCUUAAGUGCCUUUUUCCGUAGUUACUGUGACAAAUAAGGUACCACAUCAUUAAUCUAAUACAAGACAACCCAGGUCUAGGGAUUUUUUUACAAUUAUUGUCUUUAUUGAUUUGGGUCCAAAACAGAUCAAGAUAAGGGGGCUUAGUAAAUUUCUUGUUUUGUUUUUAUUUAGGUGUGCUCUUCAGAAGAAGAAAUAAAAUCUAUUUCUUUAUCACUUUGGUAAUUGGGAGCAAGGCAAAAAUGAAAAAUGUUUGAUGUCAGCUUCCAAAUGUUCUUGUUAUAACAAUCAUCUCUUGUAAAUAUCUCAGCCCCAACCUGUGGUUCUCAUACCAGGUUGAUAAAAAAUCCUUAUUUUCAGAGAAUAAAUACUAGAAGCUCAGUGCUUCAUUUUGUGGUACUAAGAGAUUCAAGAGUAACAUAAAAAUUAAUUUCAAUUUCAAUUUUAAUUUCAAACAAGCAAAAAAACCUCUGUGUCUCAGUGCCCAUGCACAAACACAUGCAAAUAUACAGGCUUGGAGAACACAUCUUGUUUUGAUUGAGUUUUGGUGUUGUCAGUACCUUCAGGCCAAGGAAUGCAGGUAGAAGAAGACACAGACAAAAUGUUUCUCAUGUUGUCUCAGCCUGCUUGGCAACAUUUUGGUCUUCCACUUGGCCUGAUAGAGAGAUAAAUGCUUUAUGUAGGCAUUGAGACUACCUGCUACUGGAAAUUCUGGGCUAGUUCAUAAAUCAAGUACUUACACACAGUCCCAGGAAUUCAGUGUCCUGCACAGGGCUCUUGGUACCCACCACUGCAAAUGGGACAAGAAUUUCUGAUCCAUCUCAUAUUUUCUUAAAAACCUGCAGUUACUAUCUAGUUACCAGUGAGAAAACAUGAGGAGGAAAUACAAUCUCAGUAGAUCAGAUCUUGAACUUGUCUAUGACACCAGCAGCAAGGCUGGGUCUCCAGCCCUUGUGAUGUUUCCCUAAAGGAUUUUUCCUCUCUCAGGUACCAGGCUGUACAUCAUUUGUUUUCAUCAGUACUAAUUCUUUUCCAUAAGAGCUGGUAUAGUAGAUCUUUUUAUUUAACUGUAUUCCUGGUUUUAGGAAAAAAACAACCUCAGUCAAAUCUCUUUUCUCCUAGAGCGCUACUGGAAUUUAUAAAGUCAACAAGUAAGUUGUUUUCUGGGCCAAAGAUAAACCUCAUGUACAAGCCAUUAAUACACCCAGACAAGCUUCUGCAAGGUAUUUGUGCACGUGUUUAACCUGAGGCUCUGAGACACACAGUGGAAGUCAAGGGGGUUAUCAGCAAUGUGAAAACUUAAGCCUAAGUUUGCAUUAAAUUAACAAAAGAAAAGCAAAACUUUAUGUAGGGAAAUGAUUUCUGUUAUAUGAGGUAUAGAGUACCCAAUGCUUUAAUAAUUGCUUAAAGAAACUCCUUGACUCUUCAAGAUUUACCAUCUCAAUUUUGCAUAUUUAUGUGUCUAUAUGGAGUAUGAAUCAGCACGAAUAUGGCUUAAAUAAAAAAAAAAACAAAAAACAAAACUCAUCCACAUGUGGAGGAGAAAAGCAGCUGGGGAGUUCUUUCUAUUCUGCUGAUAAGGGAUGGCCUGGCAGCAAACAGCAAAUAAAACAGAAAGAAAGAAGAAGUACAUGGUAUGGAAGACCAGGAAGAUGGAGGUGGUAUGCAAAGGAUAAAGAAAGUGUAACAGAUGAGAUGGCUGCAAGGUAGCAGAGGCACCGAUUGUGAGAAAGAGUAGGUAGAUGGUAGACACUUAAUAGUAUGGAUUUAAGAAGUGAAAUUCACUAGUUUCAUGAGCAAUUUUUCACUGUUCAAGAUAAGGCUUUUCUUCCCAGCCAACAGCAACAAGGAAAGGGCUGUGAGAGAACUCAGGCUGUGGCAGGGACAACUAGCAGGCAGGGCUUUUGACCCUGAUCUACAAUCCAUACCUGAAUUUGCAGGGAUUAUGCUUCUGUUCAUUUGGGAUCCUUGGAAAACAGCAGAUCUGUGUUCUGACCAAAAGGCUUGGCAGGAUGAACCUCCCAGUACACUGGAUCACCAAGAGUGCAGUGAGUAAGGGGAGUUUCUCGAACCUGACCUUUUGUUGGGAUUCCUGUAAAGGCUGUUCUCCACUGGGAAAAAAAAAUCAAACAAAAAAAUCUCAGACUUAAAGCAUUUAAAUGUUGGCUCCAUUUUUUGCAUGUAUCUAGAAAUUCUAGGCAAUAAAUUUUUUUCACGUGUCUUCUGUUUGUGUUUGGCAUCUGUAGAAAUUUAAUCAACUGCUUCUAAUUUUAAAGCACAGAUUAUUGCAGAUAGUUUCAUCUACAAAUUCCUGGAUUAAAGAAUGACUGGGGGAAAAAAAGAAUGUUAUUAAAUUGAAAGCUUAAAAUUUCACUCUAAUCUCAAAGGAUUUGAAAGUAUAUUUGGGUCCCCUUUGCACCAGCCUUUUGCUCUAAGUGUCAGAGCAUUUAAAAACCUCCAGAAGUAGCUUUGAGAAUUCUUUCAUGCUCUUAGAUUUUUUAAGACUGAUAGAAAACUGUAUAAUAUUUUUAACUGUGCAAAAUGACAAGCCAUUUGAGAAAAUAAAUCCAAACUUUUGCUCUGAUAUUAUAUGAUGCACUUAUUAUGUCAAUAAAUAUUUUCUGUUGUUUUUGUUUUC